AUGCUGUCAUUAAAAGUUGCAGUGGGACAGCUUUGUUCAUCGUCAAAUCUUUCCCAAAAUCUUCGUGUGGUAAAGAAAUUGUUACAAAAAGCUCAAUUGGAAAAAGCUCGUAUACUUUUCCUACCAGAAGCAACCGAUUACAUCUCAAGAAACGCCAGUCAUUCAAUCGAACUAUCUCAGGAGGUUCAAAGUAACUUUUUAUCUCCAUUGUUGGAUUAUAUUAAAUCUUUAAAUGGAUCAACGUACUUAUCCAUUGGAAUACAUUUACCAGGAAACAAGAGAGUUCGAAAUCUACAUGUGUUAAUUGACCCCAAAGGUGCCAUAGUUUCUGAAUACCAAAAAGUGCAUUUAUUUGACGUCGAUGUGCCAAAUGGGCCAAUAUUAAAAGAACUGAAUGCUGUUGAACCAGGAAACAAAAUUGAAGACCCCAUUGCCAUUGAUGAGUUUAAACUAGGAUUAGGUAUUUGCUAUGAUAUUAGAUUCCCUGAAUUGGCUUUGAGGCUUCGUAAAUUGGGGAGUGAUAUUAUCACAUAUCCUAGUGCAUUUACAACUCGUACAGGAGAAGCUCAUUGGGAAUUGUUGUCUAAAGCAAGAGCCAUAGACUCGCAGUGCUUUGUCAUUAAUGCGGCUCAGUGUGGACAACAUCAAGUUGGAACAGACCCUAAUGAUGCAUCGACAGUAAUAAAAAGAAUAAGUUAUGGUGAUUCCAUAAUUGUUGGUCCAUGGGGUGAAGUUUUAGCACGAGGAGCAAAGUAUACAGACGAAUUGAAACAUGACGAUGAUGGUGAUUAUUAUGAAAUAAUUCAAGCAGAAUUGAAAUUAGACAAUUUAGAAUCAAUCAGGAGAAAUAUGCCAUUAUUAGAUCACCGAAGACCAGAUGUUUUUGGGUAUGAGAUAUAG